GUGAUGCACCACAGCGGAGAGCCUCCCCCUCCCCAGACACCUCCUCCUCCUGACCAGAGACCAGACCAGAGACCAGACCAGGACCAGGGAGAUCCAGACAUCCUCAAGUCCCCCAACGACCCAAAGAAAUACAGAUACAUCGAGCUGUCGAACGGCCUCAGAGUUUUACUGAUUUCCGACUGCAGCUUCAGCUCCUUUGGACCAGAGGGAAAACCUGAGGAAGCGUCUGGGGAGGGGGAGGAGUCUGGGGAGAAUGAAGACUCACAGCCAAAAAAGAGCUCGGUCAGACAGGCUGCUGCUGCCCUGUGUGUGGCUGUGGGGAGCUUCAGUGACCCUGAUGCCCUUCCUGGAUUGGCUCACUUCCUGGAGCACAUGGUGUUUAUGGGCAGUGAGAAGUUCCCAGAGGAAAAUGGCUUUGACUCUUUUCUGAAGGAGCACGGAGGAAGUGACAACGCCUCCACCGACUGUGAGCGAUCUGUGUUCUACUUCGACGUGGAGAGAAGAUACUUCAGAGAGGCUCUGGACAGAUGGGCUCAGUUCUUCAUCUGUCCUCUGAUGGUUGAAGACGCGGUGGAGCGAGAGGUGGAGGCUGUGGACAGUGAGUUCCAGAUGGCCCGGCCCUCCGACUCCCAACGCAAAGAGAUGCUGUUUGGAAGCAUCGCCAAACCAGGUCACCCCAUGGGCAAGUUCCUCUGGGGAAACGCUCAAACUCUGAAGCAGGAGCCUAGAGACAAAGGCAUCAACACAUAUGAGCACCUCCGACAGUUCUGGACCAGAUACUACACAGCACAGUACAUGACCCUGGCAGUCCAGUCCAGAGAGUGUCUGGACACUUUGGAGCAGUGGGUUCGAGAGAUUUUCAGUCUCAUCCCAAACAAUGGUGAACCAGCCGAGGAUUUCUCUCACCUCCAGGAGCCGUUUGACACUCCAGACUUCAACAAACUCUACAGAGUGGUUCCAGUGAAGAAAGUUCACGCUCUGACCAUCAGCUGGGCCCUGCCUCCUCAGGCUCAGCACUACAGAGUGAAGCCGCUGUUCUACAUCUCAUGGCUGAUCGAACAUGAAGGGGCCGGCAGCAUCCUCAGUCUGCUGCGCAAGAAGUGCUGGGCUUUGGCUCUUUUUGCGGGAAACAAUGAAUCUGGUUUUGAGCAGAACUCGACCUUCUCCGUCUUUUCUGUGUCCAUCACUCUGACAGAGCAGGGACACGCCCACUUCUACCAGGUGGCACAUGUGCUGUUCCAGUAUCUGAAGAUGCUGCAGACUCUGGGGCCACAACAAAGGAUUUAUGAAGAAAUCCAGAAGAUCCAGGACAAUGAGUUCCAGUUUCAGGAGCAGAUGAGCCCAGUGGACUUUGUGGCGUCCGUCUGUGAGAACAUGCAGCUGUUCUCUAAAGAACACUUUCUGACCGGAGACACUCUGCUGUUUGAGUACAAGCCCCAGGUGAUCGGAGACGCCCUCGCUCUCCUCACUCCUCUCAGGGCCAACGUCAUGCUCCUGUCCCCAGAGAACCAGGGCCAGUGUGACCUCACCGAGAAGUGGUUUGGGACCAGCUACGGGGUCAAAGAUGUUCCUCAGAAGUGGAGAGAUCUUUGGUCCACAGACUUUGAGCUGAACCCAGAUCUGCACCUGCCUGCUCCGAACCGCUUCAUCACCUCUGACUUCAGCCUGAGAGCCGCAGACUGCCCACACUCUGCCCUCCCCGUAUGCGUCGAGAGCAGCCAGAGGGGGGCGCUGUGGUACAAGAAGGACAACACCUUCAACAUCCCCAAAGCUCACAUUCGGUUCCACCUGAUCACGCCCAUCAUCCAGAGGAGCCCAGAGAACCUGGUGCUCUUGGACCUCCUGGUGAACAUCCUGGCCCAUAAUCUGUCGGAGUCGGCGUACGAGGCCCGAGUGGCUCUACUUUCUUACAAAGUGGUGGCGUCAGAACACGGGAUGGUGAUCCAGCUCGAGGGAUUCAACCACAAACUGCCCGUUCUCUGGAGGUUGGUGGUUCAUCACUUGUUGAACUUCUUCUCAGACUCUCGUGUGUUUGAGAUUUUCUCAGAGCAGCUCAAAAAAGUUUAUUUCAACCAACUCCUGAACCCAGAGUGGCUCAGCAGAGAUGUUCGUCUGAGGAUCUUGGAGCCGUCUCGUUGGUCUGUUCUUCAUAAACAUCAGGUUCUGGUUCAGGGUCUAAACUUGGACCGACUCCUGGACUUUGUGUCUGAGUUUAAACAGCAGCUGUACGUGGAGGGACUGGUGCAGGGGAACCUCACCUGUCAGGAGUCGAGGCGCCUGCUGCACGACUUUAUAGAUGCGCUGCAGUUCCAGCCGCUGCCAGCAGAGGCCCCUGUUCAGUUCCGUGUGGUGGAGCUGCCUCAGAAACAUCAUGUGUGUAAAGUGAAGUCCUUCAACAGACAAGACCCGACCUCUGAGGUCACAGUGUACUACCAGUGUGGUGUGCGGUCGCUGAGGGAACACGCUCUGAUGGAGCUCCUGGUGGUGAACAUGGAGGAGCCGUGUUUCGACUUCCUACGCACCAAAGAAACUCUAGGGUACCAGGUGUAUCCGUCCUGCAGAAACACUUCAGGCGUCCUGGGAUUUUCUGUCACUGUCAAGACUCAAGCCACAAAGUUCAGCUCGGAGCUGGUGGAGGCGCGGGUGCAGUCGUUCCUCUCUUCCUUCGGGGGGCGCCUCUCGUCUCUGGGCGCAGACUCGUUCAGGACACAGACGCUCGCUCUGGUGCAGCAGAAGAAGAAACAGGACAGUCAUUUAGGAGAAGAAGUGGAGCGGCACUGGAGCGAAGUGAUGACACAGCAGUAUGUGUACGACCGAGUACACAGAGAGGUCAGUGCUCUGCUGAGCUUCUCUCAGGACGAUCUGGUGUCGUGGUUCAACGAGCUCCGAGAGGACAACCGCCAACUCAGCGUCCACGUGGUGGGCUUCGGCGCUGAGGAGGGCGACUCUCUGGACUCGACAGUAGGGGGCGAUGUGAACUCAUCGUAUGAAGAAGAACAAGAACUACUCUUCCUGUCCGCCUCGUCGCCGCGGUUACAGCAGGCCACGCCCAUCUGUGACAUCAGAGCCUUCAACACCGCACUGCCCUUACACCCCUACCACAAAGUACUGCAGUAAAUACUACUGAGUACU